AUGGCGGCAAAUCAAUCAGAUGAUCAAGUUUCACUAGCAGUUUUUGUGGACAAAGAGAAAAGUAAAGUUGUGUAUGCUGAGGCCGGAAAGGAUUUUGUUGAUGUUCUUUUGAGUUUCUUGACAUUGCCGUUAGGGACUAUUGCUAGACUUGUUGCUAAAGAGUCGAAUAUUGAAGCUGUUCAAUUUGGUAGCAUUAGCUCACUCUAUCAAAGUAUCUCAGAUCUUGGGGAAGAACAUCUAUGGAAUAAAACCUGCAAGGAAAUGUUGCUGCAGCCUAGAAACUCCAUGGAAGCUUAUUGCCAGAAGAUGAAAUUGAACAUCGAUGAAACAGAAAGCUUGUCGUUCUUUUUCUGUGAGGACGAUAAUUGCAAAAGAGAAAAUGGGUGCAAUGUGAGUACUUUCAGGGACCAAAAAGGAAUUUGUGGAAAGCUAUUGAAUAUAAUGCGCCAACCAAAAACCAGUGACGAAAACGGCUUUGUUCAUGAAACUUCUACUUUUAUUAUUUCUUAUGAUCUUUUUGUGAUGCCUAAUCUUUUUGAAACAAGACUAAAUCUCCUUCAGAAGCUUGGAGUCACUGAUUUUGAUACUAUUGAUAAAAAGAUGGUUAAUAUCAGCAAGAAAGAGGUAAUUGAUCUUCUCAAGUUGUCUUUGAUAUCUAAGACUCCUCUGACAGACUUUAUAUUUAAAAAGGAAAAAUUCAUUCUCAAUUUUGACCCACUAAAUCUUAGUGAGUUUUUGAUCGGAGAGGCAAAGGAUUCAUCGAUAAAUAUGGUCGUGAAAGUAGUGAGAAGAAAAUCAAAUAUAAAAAUUCUAUUUGUCGAAGCACAAGAAGAUUUUGCUGACUUUGUUUUUAGUUUUCUCACCUUUCCCCUGGGAGGAGUGUUGCAUAUGCUUAAGGGACACUCUUCUAUAAGCUGCAUUGAAAAUUUAUAUAAGAGCAUGACAGAGUUGUGUCCAGAGAGGUAUUUAAGGUCACAAUAUGUCAAAGACAGACUAAGUAGUCCAUGUAUUGGCCUGCAAUUUGAAAUUAGGAACCAAAUACUACCCAUCGGUGCAGAACCAUUUUCUCAUUUAUUCAAUUUUGUUGAUCCAAAAUCCCCUAUUUAUGGAGGAUAUGCUAGAGGACCAACAUCAUUCAUGGUGACGGAUGACUUAGUUGUGAGUCCAAUGUCAUCUAUUUCUGGUCUUGCAUAUUUAGAAAGAAUGAAGGUCCCUCUUAAUGAUGUAGAAGAAUGUUUCAUCCGUAUUGGUCGGAUGGAGUGUCUCAGCAUACUUAAAGCGUCAUUGAUCUCAACAUCUGCUUUGACAAACGGUCUCAGCCUUUGCAUAUUACAUCAAAUGUUUCGUGAAUAUUGUAACAUUACAUAG